AAGACGAGGAGUAUGCAGAGCUCCACAGCUUUAAUGCGGAAUGACUCUCUGAUUCAUCCUCCAGGAUUUUUUAUAAUUGGGUUGAUCGGCUUCCCUUACACAAAUAUAUAUGUUAUUUUCUUAGCUCUUAUUUAUGUCAUAACUGCAAUUUCUAACUGUUUUGUGAUCUGUAUCAUUUGUAUGGACCAUCAUUUGCAUGUUCCCAAGUUCAUUGCAGUGGGGAACCUGGCAGUGGUUGAUCUGGUCCUCAGCACAUCUCUCAUCCCCAGUAUGAUUAAGAUUUAUCUUCUCAAAGACAAUUUCAUUGAAUAUAAAUUGUGCUUAGUGCAAAUGUACAUGUGCUAUGCCUUUUUAACACUUGAAUCAUUUUCUAUCGCUAUUCUUGCUUUUGACCGUUUAAUUGCAAUUUGUUUACCUUUGAGACAGAACUCCAUUAACACCACCACCACCAUGACUACUAUAGUAGCUGCAAUGUGGACAUUAAGCCAUGGAGUCACUAUUGUCUCUACUUCAAGUAUGACGUACCUGUCUUUUUGUAAUUCAGUUCAGGUGAACAGCUAUUUCUGUGACUACGCACCAGUUUUCAGACUAGCUUGUAAUGAUAAUUCUUUGCAGUGGACCUUCGCCACAGUCUUAAGCUCAGUAUGUAUUUUUGUACCACUGAGUUUCAUAGUUCUGUCUUAUACAUGCAUUUUAUUUUCUGUGUUCCAAAUGAAAAGUGUGGAGAGCAGGUUUAAGGCUCUGGCCACAUGCACAGAGCAUCUUAUACUUGUGGCCAUUUUCUAUAUUCCCAUUCUGGUCAUUUUUAUGAUUGGACUUUUCCGAGUUGGGAUUAACCCAGAUGUGAGAAUAGUGGGUUUGUCACUAUCUUCCUGCAUCCCACCCUGUACAAACCCCAUCAUCUACUCACUAAAGACCAAAGAGCUCAAGAGGAGAGUUAAUUUUCUCUUUCAAAGAACAUUUAAUAUUCAGAGACAUUCUGUUCAUCCACUUCACAAAAAAUAA